AAUCCCCAAAGACUAAACUCCCACAGCUACAGCCUACAGCCCCAUCUCUCUCUCUCUCUUGCUGUGGCUUGCCCUUUUCCACGUUCCUCAGUCCCUCCAUCAAUGCGCCACCUCAUUUUAUGGCACUCCAAUCCCCCGCCGCAUUAGCGAUUCAUGAACUCUCUCGCCGCCGCCACAUUCCGCACCUCCGGCGGCCCUCUUUCUCGCAAUGGUAAAACCCCUUAAACCCCACUUCCCGUAUCCGAUUCCGCUAUACACCCGCCGCUGCCGCCUCCUCAGCAGCUUCUCGCCCAAGCCCUAUUCCCCAAAUCAGGGCUUUCCAAAUCUAGUUCAAGCAGUCUGCGAAAUACUAUCCAAUCCGCGCAUCCCAUGGCGCGGGAGCUCCGAGCUGAAAUCCCUCACGCCGAAGCUCAAACCGUUCCACGUCGCCAGAAUCAUUGAGACCCACACCAACACCGAUUGCGUUUUGCAGUUCUUUUAUUGGGUUUCUAGUUGGCAUUUCUACAACCAUGAUAUGUGCUGUUAUAUGUCCAUGUUGAAUAGGCUUGUUAAAGAUCAGAAUUUUGCGCCCGCGGACCAUGUCAGGAUUCUGAUGAUUAAAGCUAGUAGAGACGAGGGGGAGAUUAGGAGGGUUGUUGAUUUCUUGAAUGAGAUUGGGAGUAAGGGCCUUCCUUAUAGUCUAUAUAGUUUUAAUUCUCUUUUGAUUCAAUUGGGGAAAUUUAAUAUGGUUGUUGCAGCUCAGAAUGUGUAUAAGGAGAUGUUGACUAGUGGGAUUAGACCUAGUUUGUUGACAUUGAAUACCAUGAUUAAUAUUCUGUGUAAGAAGGGGAAGGUUCAGGAGGCUGAGAUUAUCUUGGCUCAGCUAUAUCAGUAUGAAAUGUUUCCAGAUGUUUUCACUUAUACGUCGUUGAUUCUAGGGCACUGUAGGAACAGGAAUCUGGAUAAAGCGUUUGUAGUUUUUGAUCAGAUGGUGAAGAAAGGGAUUGAUCCCAACGCGGUGACAUAUAGUACACUUAUUAAUGGGUUAUGUAACGAUGGAAGGGUAGGCGAGGCUUUGUGUAUGAUUGAGGAGAUGAUUGAGAAUGGUAUCAGACCUACUGUUUACACUUAUACAGUUCCUGUCACGGCAUUGCUUGAAGAUGGGCGUGCAGAUGAGGCGGUUUCUCUUGUUGCAAGCAUGAGAGAGAGGGGUAUUGUACCCAAUGUGCAGACGUACACAGCCCUCAUCAGUGGAUUGGCGAAAUCCAACCAGCUUGAAGUGGCAAUAGGAUUGUACCACAAGAUAGUGAGGGAUGGAUUGGUUCCUACCACAGUCACGUAUAAUGCUCUGAUACACGAACUGUGUGAGAGAGGAAAGGUAGAUACUGCUUUUAAAAUCUUUCAGUGGAUGGAACAGCAUGGUCAUUUGGACAAAACAGAAACUUACAAUGCUAUGAUUAAAGGUUUCUGUGCGAUAAGAAAUGUUGACAGGGCAAUGGCUCUAUUUGGUGAAAUGCUGAAGGUGGGUCCCCGUCCCAAUAUGAUCACGUAUAACACUCUAAUCAAUGGAUACGUCGGGUGUGGUUAUCUAGAUAAUGCGAGUAGGCUGAUGGAGGUGAUGAAGGAAAAUGGAUGUAAACCCGAUCAAUAUACAUAUGCAGAACUCAUUCAUGGGUUUUGCAAAGGUGAUAGGCUUGAUGCAGCUUCUGCGUUAUUCAAGGAAAUGAUGCAAGAAGGUCUGAGCCCGAAUUUGGUGAACUAUGCCACUCUAAUUGAUGGCCUCUGCAAGAAAGGGAAAGUUGAAGAUGCACUAGCUUUGCUUAAGGGGAUGCAGAAAGUUGGUUGCCGUCCAAAUAUAGUGACUUACAAUGCUGUUCUUAAUGGUCUAUCUAAACAAUGUAGGCUGUCUGAAGCAGAGAAAUUAUGCAAUGACAUGGCAGAAGAUGGUCUGCUUCCCAAUGUGAUUACAUAUACUACUCUAAUUGAUGGUCUUUGCAAGGAUGGUGGGUCAGAUCUUGCAUUCAAGGUUUUCCGUGAAAUGAAGAGCAAAAAUUGCUUGCCAAACGUGUAUACAUACGGUGCAUUGAUCGAUGGUCUGUGCCGGGAAGGCCGUGUUGAUGAUGCAGAGAUCUUGCUUGAAGAGAUGGUGAGCAGGAAAUUGUAUCCAGAUGUGGUCACGUAUACCUCAUUGAUCGAUGGCUUUGUAUCUGUAGGUAGACUAGAUCAUGCAUUUUCUCUGCUUCAUCGGAUGAUAAGUGCUGGUUGCACCCCAAAUUACCGAACCUACUGCGUGUUGCUCAAAGGGAUGCAGAAGGAGAGCCAGAUAGUUGCUGAAAAAAUCACAGCGCAACAUGAAACUGUGCCCACUCAUAUUUUAGACGAGAGAGAAGUUACUUUUGAUACCUUCUGCGAUCUACUAGUUAGGAUGUCCGAGAUUGGCUGUGAACCUUCUAUUGAUACAUUUUCCAUCUUAAUUGAUGGUCUGUGUCAUGGUGGCAGAAGCCACGAGGCAGAUCAGUUGGUAAAAUUUAUGAAGGAGAAAGGGCAGACUCCUAAUGAGGCUAUAUAUUGCUCUCUCCUCAAAGCUUAUUGCAAGAAUUUAAGAGUCGACUCUGCUCUAGAGACACUUAAUCUGCUUAACAGUAGGGGUUUCAACCUCCCUUUAUCAGUUUAUGCAGCUAUUAUAUCAGCUCUCUGUACAAGACAACGGACAAAAGAGGCCGAAGAGGUGUUCAAGGGCAUGCUUGAGAAACAAUGGAAUGGUGAUGAGAUUGUUUGGACUAUCUUGAUUGACCGCCUGCUAAAGAGCAGGGAGUCACAAUUAUGCUUGAAUUUUCUUCAUGCAAUGAACUCAAAGAAUGUCCCUAUUAGCAAGCAGACACAUCUAAUGCUAGCAAGGGAAAUGUCUAAUACCGACAAAUCUAUCUCAGAGGACCAAGUUUCUGAUGAAUUGCAAGUCCUAGGAGACCAAAAACCAGGGUGACGUUUCCUGGGUGAUAUAGUGAAAAGAAACACAUUUUUGUCAUGGAAAAUACGUUCUUAUUUGAUAUCCCCUUGUAUUUUCUCAACAAGGGUGAGUUUUCUGCAGCUCGUGAAAGGAUUUUAAGCUGCAAAUCACAAUCGAAUAAGUGGGUUCCAGUUGUCAUAUAGGCCGUACAGUGUUCACAAUGAUACUCUGGAGUUGCCCAAUUCUUGAGAUCUCACUGAUCAAUUUGUCAUUCUAGAAUGAGAGAUAUGACCUGGUUGCUUGACUAACCAAUAGUUUCAGGACAAUAGCCAGGCAGAAGGUGUUUAGUUGGAUCUUGUUCUUUCGAAACUAGGGUGUUUGUGUGCGUAUUGAAUCCUGGUUCUAUCUUGUGGACUUCUUGAGCAGCUAACGGCAUCACUUGUUAACUGUGUCUGCAUACGACGUGGUGCUAAUGGAUGUUGAACCAGACGUUUCUCAUUCGGGAUCUUGCAUACAGCUUGUAUGUAAAGUAUGUACAGUUUUAGAGCCAUAUCUACAUAUUCAGAAAUGCAAAUUGGAACCAGUUGAAUCAACUCAUACUAUAUUAUUGCAACCUGGAAAAAACUUCAAUGGCUUCCCUCGCUUUAGAUUUUCGCGAUACAAUUCCCUGGGCCUCGCGUUUGGUUGAUUUGGGCUUCUUGUACACCCCUCCCUUGUAAUCUCUAGAGCUCACAUUAGUCUUAGCAUGUAAAAUUGAGUGCUUCUUUUGUGAAGCAAAGUAGGAAUUUUGCAGUUUCACAUUGCUUCUACAUUCUUGUUAGGCAGACUUACUUGCAUAUAAUUUUUGCAGUUUCACAUUGCAAAUAAUUCUGGUUUCUUUGUUAUAUUUUGUGUUACAUUUGAUGCUAAUGUAAACAUAACAUUUUUGCCUCUCCUUUAUUCAAUUGGUCAUUUCCUAUCCUUGGUUUAUUUGCUGAAAACCUAUGUGUUUGUACACAAGUAGGCAGCCAAAUUUUGGUUCAAUGUCUCAACUAAACAAGGGGGGGGCUAAAUUUCAGAUACAUAAUCGAAUAUUGAAUUGUUUAAUGUCAAUUUAUUCUGCAAAUCUCCCUACCAAAUUAAACUAAUGAAAAUCAUCACCAAUGAUUCAAGAAAACAACAAGAAUGGAAGCAUCAAUGAUGGCGUGAUGAGAGUGCUCAAAACAAGCCGACGCCCAACCUCAUAUUCCAAUAAACACAUCCCUCCAACUACUAUAUCCAUUCCCAUUUGGCUUCUUCCCUUCAACAUCUACCCAUACAUCAACCAAACUCUCUCUCUCUCUCCCUCUCCCUCUCCCUCUCUAGAUUAUUUCACUACCCUCUCAAGCAUUUUCCCUCUUGGAUUUUGCUGCGCAGUCGCCCGAUCCUCGCGACGAUUUCGUCACCACUGGAAUCAAUCAAGAGGCUGAUCAGUAACCUCCAAAACCAGUGGCAAAAACAAUAACACCCCUCUUCUAUAUAUACUCACUCUCUCACACACACACCAUGCAAGAGAGAGAAACAAAAAUGGGGAGGCAAAGCAAGGAUCCAGCAAUAGUUGGUUCAUCAAUAGUGCUACUUCAAGAAAGGUUCAAGCAGCUGCCAGAGAUUGAAGGAGAUGAGAGAAGAGACACAGAUGCUAAGGCUCAUGCCUCAAGAAACCGAUCGCCACGAUCAUGAUCUUUCAGUCACGAGAUCGAACAACGUUGCUUAUCAAGACCCUCUAGCACUCGGGCUCAACUCCGCGUCCCAUCAUCCACCACACGCCUGCGUUUUCGAGCCAUGAAUCCCCCUGCUGUUAGAGGGCCUCACAACUUCUUUGAAAUUCCUGAUGUCGAUACCUCUCUUCGUCUCUAGAAAUUAGUCAUGAUAUUAUAUAUGCUUAAAAAUUUGUGGGAUCACAUUCUUUUUCCCCAUUUUCUUUUACACUUCUCUAUCUUCUUGAGCCUUUUUUCUCUAUGUAAGAAAAGUUGAUACAAUAAAGAGAAGCUAGUUUUGACUC